AUGACUCGAUGCAAGCCCUCACUUUUAGUGGAUGAUUAUCAACAACAAAGACAAAGUGACAGUCAGAGCCAAUCACUUUUUAGUCAAAAUUUGAGUGAUACUGAAACUGAGAGUGAAAUAAAAUUUGAAAGACCACAGGCAGAGAUUCCUGAAACACAACCAAAGGAAACCAGUAGCAGUGAAGGUGAGACUGAAACUGAACCUCCAAGUGGCAGUGACGACUUCUUCACUUACCAGUGGGAGAGCGUACUGGUAGAGGCUGAUACUCCUCCAAAGAAAAGGUUUCCCCAUCUAAGGUUUCAGCAUUUGGUGAGGAUCAGUCCUGUCAAAUCAUAUCUUCAGAUGAAGAAAUAAAUCAGCCUCGAAGUCCAAGUAUUUUACGACGCAGAAAGCGGGCAACUUCGAAAAGGCAAGUACAUGUAAAUCAUGUAACUACACAAACUCUUUUCACAGGAGCAUU